AUGGAUCCUCCGUCGCGUGCGUUCGCCGACGCGGCUGCCGCUGCUCUUCGGGCUCUCCAGUGCUCCGAACCGCUGUUGAUGUCACCACCGACCACUUCGGGUCGUCGUCCGGCGCGCCAGGCUCGUUCGGCGGGUGCCCCCGCCCCUAUCGCCGCUGGUGCUGUGUCUCAAGCCCCGGCCGUGCCUGCAGGUGACCCUACGCUCCUUCCGGCCGCCUCCGGGACCUCGGUCGACCCUCCACCGGCUCCUCCAAGUAGUCCUGAGUCUGCUGCUGAGGCGACCGAGACUCCCUCGCCGGCAGUUCCCAUUGAAGAGGCCCCUGACUCGCCGCCGACACCGCCGCCAAGCGCCAGCGCUCCACCGCCGCCAAGUCCCGCGCCUUCGGUCACGUUGGCAACUCGCGGGGUGUCGGUGGGAAGCGAGGCAGCUGUAGGAGCGGCUGUCUUGGGCGAGCAGCAGAUGCAGGAAGUCGCUCUUCUCGUCGUGGGUGUUGCCCGUUUGCCUCCAGCUCGAGUCAACGCUGCUCUCGACCGCAGCCUGCAAGCUGCCACUAACGUCGGUGAGGUGCUGGCCGCGGCUGUGGCCCCUGUACGUCUCCAUCUCGCGGAGUCGGAUGAGCUGGUGAAUCUCCGUCGCGACAAUGAUCGCCUGCGUGAGGAGCUCGCCGACACCCAAAACAAGCUCGACGAGGAGAUGCAUCUCCGCCAACGGGCAGACUAUCUCCUCGUGACGGCCAACUCAGACUGCAACCAGGCGCUCGAGAACCUCCAGGACAUGCGCACCGAGCUCGCACACGCCAACCAGCAAUUGUUGGGGAUGAACGCGGCUAUCUCCCAGCACGGCAACAUUACUCGGUCGUUGGAGGGUCGGACGCAGACCGCGGAAGCAGACGCAGCAGCUGCUGUUCGUCUGAACACGCAGAUCCACGAACAUAUUAAAGCAAGCCUCGUUGUCUACAACACCCAGUUGGAAAAGCUUCGGAAGCAGUUGGCCAACCGUGACCGAGACAACGUUAUCCCUGCCCGUAUCAGGGCAUUGACGGACGAGAACAACAGCUUGCGACGGGCAAACUCUAUCCUCCGACGACACUCGGCAGCCCAUGGGAUCGACGUGGAUACCUUGGUUUUGGCCUCGGCUGGCAUCUCUGCCGCCGAGAUCGAUCGGAACCUCCUCGGACUGUCCCCACCGACGGUCACUGUCGAGAGUCCGCGCCGUGACGAAUCCUCGUCCGAGGAAGAGGAAGAACCCAAGACGGCUGACGUGUCGAUGGCUGAGCGCACCGAGGGUUCAUCCGCUCCCGCGGCUUCGGAGGUGGCGUCUGCUGGUUCGUCUGAGUCCACCGGGACUUCCAACCGCAAGCGCGAUUCGCAAGCCGAGUCGGCCUCUGCUGAGGGCACGGCAUCUCAGCCUUCUCCGCCCAAGCGUUUCGGUAGAAUGUCGGCCGACCUGAGAGCCAGAGCUGCAGCGGCCGCUGCGUCAUCUAGCCCUCGGUCAGCAUCGGGUAAGGUCCCUGCACCGACUCCGUCGAUGCCACGACCCUCAACAACGUGCCGGACUAGCCGGCUGGAUGCUCAGCCUCUUCCGUACGAGCACUCGAACGUGCCGCUAUACCCUAGGUUGGCGGGCGCUGCUCCAGUUCCUCAGCCAGCUCGGUCUCAGCCUCCGCGGGACGAGGGCCCCCCCGACUUCGUGUUCGGCGGUGCUGGAAGUCCAGACGACGUCACGCAAGACGAACUUAAGCCCGGCGAGAUUCCGGACGCGCCGGUCGGUACAGAGGAGGCUGAAGGCUCCGCUUCCGCGGCUCCUGCUACCACCACCGAGUCUCCGCCUGCCGUCCCGGUUCCCGAAGCUGCGUCGAUCGUGUCCCAAGCCUCGGUCAGCGUUGGUCCGAUGGGCAACGCACCUGGCGAGUCUCCUGCUGGUGACAACGAGGGUCCGUCUGCCUCGAGAAGCUCGCCGUCGGCUCCUCCAAUGAGGACUGCCGCUGUCCCCGGUGACUCAUCGCCUCCCGGGGGCUCGCCAGAAGGAGGGUCGUCAGAUGGCUCGGAGACCUCGGAGGAUUGUGCAGCACUCAUGCGAGAGAUGUUUGGCUCCGACGACGAAGAAGAAGAAGCCUCGGCUGCCCAACGGACAGGUCCUGCAGCACCUCCGGCGCCUCAGCCUAUGGCGACCGAGGUUCCUGUGGCUGCUCAAGCCGCUCCAGCUGCGCUGUCCCAACCUUACACUCGGUCGACUUUGGUUCAUGCUCACGCGUUGGUGACAGCUACAGUGACUGCCACACCGAGGGCUGGUCCUGCUUCUAUCGCCCCUGCGGUGGUCGACGCUUCGGACGCGGCGGCAGGGUCGCGCAAGCUCAACAACCUGGCGUCACGGUUUCUUGAACCGGGAUUCGUGUCACCCGGUGGUCAAGAGUACGGGAUCGAGGCCUUCGGCAAGUGGGAGAACCUCGCUCACCCUUUCCAAGUUCUGCGCCAGCUCUUCCCGGAUCCAUACCUGAUCGACUUCCAGGGCAAUUCCUUUCACCCUAACGAGAAGGGCGACCUCGGGCUGGCCCUGUGGGAGCGUCGUCAUUUGAUUCGGGCGAAGGCCGUCAAAGCAUUCAUCGACAACCUCGCUGCAACACUGGGUCACCGCAACCCGGUGGUUAUGAAGCUUCGCAAGGAGUGGGCCAAGUACUACAAGAAGCGCAGCUACCGUGCUGACCGGUUGCGAGAUCGGAUGGUCAACAAGCUGUGGGUAGGAUGCAUCGAGUACGACGGGCAGCCCUACCAGCACCCGACCGAGGUUCUUUUGGAGCCCUCUUACAUGCAAUACUCGUUCGAGGUGAUGGAGUGGAUCCCUACGACCGACGGCUGGAUCUCUGAGAUUGCCGAGCUUGACGCCCGCGAGCCGUGGCGUAACCGCUGGUUUCAAGAUCCGGCAAGCCACCCAUACAACACUGCGUUCGCUCCGUGCAACGAUGUUCCCUUGUUUGUUCCUCGAGGCAUGACUAGGGAGGCUGUGGCUACGUCGGUCAUGAUAGAGCCGUCGUUGCGGACGUCGAUGGUGGCUCGCUCUCCUGAGGAAACCAAGGAGUCGGACGAAGGGGAAUCCACUACGCAGUCGAACCUUGGCAUGCUGACUCAAGCUGCGUCGGAGAUCUAA